CCUGGCAACACAUGAGGUUUGAUUGCUGCUCAUAUCCCCCGUCUUGUCCCGCUGUGUCCUUGCUGGUGGUGUUGGUGUUGCACAGGAUUGAGGCCUUCGGGAACCCUCUCCGGAUUCCUCCUCAACCACCACUACCCCCCUCUCGCUCCCCUCCUCCCUUGAUGUAGCUGUAGAUAAAGCCGAUGACACUGGCGCGAGUCUUUGGGCGGGAGCUUGCCGCGGCUGGAUCGGUAAGAACAACGCCAUAAGCCCACCAUCUGCAGGACCGCCUUCCCUUGCACCGUGAACCUGCCAGCUGUCAUGCUUCUUUCAACCCAAUAUCUCCGGUGUUAGAUCUCAAUCUGUACCUCCUGCCACCACUGGUAGAGUCUGGCUGCGGCGUUGCGAGGACGACGAUGGG